AUGAAGUUCGUCGCCUUCGCAAUCACCGCCAUCGUCGCCAUGGCCAACGUUGUCGCCGGCGCCGACACGAUGCCGGCCGUCAUGCCGCCGACCAAGGCGCUCGAGGUGGCCCAGAGCGCCUCUGCACCUAGCGGCGUCGAGUUCACGGGCUCCGUCGAGAGCAUCGAGCAGCCUGCCGGUGCCCAAGAAACCAUCAACGCGCUGCAGACCGCGCACGACGCAGCCAACGACGACAAGAAGGAGCACUUCGGCUGGGGAGCCGGCUACGGGUGGGGCCUCGGCGGCGGAUGGGGCAACUGGGGAGGCUGGGGCGGCUACGGACCCUACCGCUUCGGCUUCCGCUGCGGCGGCGUCCCCGGAUGGGCCUAUCCUCUUCACUACUGGACGCUUUUCGCAACUGAGGUUUUAAUCAAGAGCUGCAGACUUGGCGUUCCCCUCGGGGGACUCUUCUUUUGCUGA